AUGCACAAUGCUGCCAAGCUCGCCUGUCCACAACAGGCCAAAGAAUAUAACAACGGCUUUCACGAGCACGGCAGCAGCCCAGCACCAUACCGGGCAGAGAGCCUCGCAGGCCUUCCGCCAGCUUACAUCGACGUCGGCGAGUGCGAUGUGUUCCGCGAUCCGGUCGUGGCCUACGCCACGAACAUGUGGCGUUGUGGGUCUACAUGCGAGCUGCACGUCUGGCCAGGGGCAUUCCACCUCUUCGACGGGAUGGACAAUCCCGACGUGCCGCUGAUCCAUGCGGCCAUCAAGACGAAAAAGGCCUGA